AACAAAAAACAAAAAAAAAAAACCUUUUUCUUAAAAAAAGCAUAAUUGUUAGUUAAUUUUAAAUUGUUGACGGAUGGGAGGUCGCUGAGGAGAAAUCUGCACAUCUGGAGAACUGACAGAAAGCACCUCGGUGUUGAUUUACUACAUGAAGGAAAGAUAAAGAGAAUAACAUGAGAUUCGAGGACCAACUAUUUCAUUUCCUGUUUUCAGGUUAAGUGUAACUGAAGAGCUGCCGUGUGACGCCACACAUCCGUUUUAAACGUCACAAAACUCCAGGAUUUUAAACGAAAAUCUUUUUUUUUUUUUGUUUAAACCUAAAAAGUGUGCGAAACUGUUGUCUACGUGGACCGGUGCUGAAGUCUCGCGCCUCGUGGCCAAGAGGAGCUUGAGCUCAGCCAAAACCAGAGAAAUGGCAACAAACGGCGCUAAAACCGUCACGGUGGAUGGACAGGUGGCGAUGGAGCUGAACGAGGUCACGACCCACGACAGGUCCAAACUGGACGAGGUACAGGAGGAACAGAACGACGACAAGAAGAAGAAGAAGAAGGAUAUUCCUGACAGGGAAACAUGGGCAGGAAAGUUCGACUUCCUGUUGUCUUGCGUAGGAUACGCCAUCGGGCUCGGAAACGUGUGGAGAUUCCCGUACCUGUGUGGGAAAAAUGGCGGCGGGGCCUUCUUGAUCCCUUACUUUCUGACCCUCAUAUUUGCUGGAAUGCCCCUGUUUCUGCUCGAGUGUGCGCUCGGGCAGUACACGUCCAUCGGAGGACUCGGAGUGUGGAAGCUGGCGCCGAUGUUUAAAGGAGUUGGCCUCGCUGCAGCCGUGCUCUCCUUCUGGCUCAACAUUUACUACAUCGUGAUCAUUGCUUGGGCUUUGUACUACCUGUACAACUCCUUCACCACCGACCUUCCGUGGAAAUCCUGUAGCAACCCCUGGAACACAGACAGAUGUUUCACAAACUAUAGCAUUGCAGACACCACCAACCUGACCAGCGCUGUCAUGGAGUUUUGGGAACGCAAUGUACAUAACAUCACUGAUGGAUUGGAAAAACCGGGGCAGAUCCGCGCACCGCUAGCAAUAACUCUGGCCAUCGCUUGGGUCCUCGUGUACUUCUGUAUCUGGAAAGGUGUUCGUUGGACUGGAAAGGUUGUGUAUUUCUCAGCCACCUACCCAUACUUCAUGUUAUUCAUCCUGUUCAUCCGCGGAGUCACGCUUCCCGGAGCGAAAGAAGGAAUUCUGUUCUACAUCACACCUGAUUUUGUGAAGCUUAAAGAGUCUGAGGUCUGGCUGGAUGCUGCCACGCAGAUCUUUUUCUCGUACGGUUUGGGGCUCGGCUCUCUGAUCGCGCUCGGCAGCUACAACCCUUUCAACAACAACGUUUACAGAGACUCGAUCAUCGUGUGCCUUAUAAACUCAUCCACCAGUAUGUUUGCUGGAUUUGUCAUUUUCUCCAUCGUGGGUUUCAUGGCUCACGUGACUAAGAGAACGAUAGCUGACGUAGCUGCUUCAGGUCCAGGUUUGGCAUUUUUAGCGUACCCCGAGGCCGUGACACAGUUACCCGUCUCUCCGCUGUGGGCCAUCCUCUUCUUCUCCAUGCUGCUCAUGCUGGGAAUCGACAGCCAGUUCUGUACGGUGGAAGGCUUCAUCACCGCCCUGGUGGACGAGUUCCCGGCGAUCCUGAGGAAAAGACGAGAGAUUUUCAUCGCGUGUGUGUGCCUGGUGUCGUAUAUAAUCGGCCUCUCCAACAUCACACAGGGCGGCCUUUACGUCUUCAAACUCUUCGACUAUUACUCUGCCAGUGGCAUGUGUCUCCUGUUCCUGGUUUUCUUCGAGUGUAUCUCCAUCUCCUGGUGUUACGGUGUGAAUAAAUUCUACAGUAACAUCGAGGAGAUGAUCGGAUAUAAACCCUGCGUCUGGUGGAAACUCUGUUGGGUGUUUUUCACUCCUCUGGUUGUUGCAGGAGUGUUUCUGUUCAGCGCCAUCCAAAUGGUUCCUCUCAAAAUGAAUAACUACGUGUUCCCGGCGUGGGGUCAGGGGGUCGGCUGGCUCAUGGCUCUCUCCUCCAUGAUCCUCAUCCCGGGAUACAUGGUAUACAUGUUCCUCACCACCAGGGGAAAAUCUAAAGAGGUAACCAUGACUAAUCAUCUCACAUUACAGCAGGAGCUUCAUUCUGAUUCAAACUCUCCUCUCACAUACAGCAGGAGCUUCAUUCUGAUUCAAACUCUCACAUACAGCAGGAGCUUCAUUCUGAUUCAGACUCUCACAUACAGCAGGAGCUUCAUUCUGAUUCAGACUCUCACAUACAGCAGGAGCUUCAUUCUGAUUCAAACUCUCACAUACAGCAGGAGCUUCAUUCUGAUUCAGACUCUCACAUACAGCAGGAGCCAAAGUUCUGCUUUUAGAACCAGAUUCUUCAUUCUUCACUAA